AUGAAGUCUAGAGAGAAACAGUCAGAGUGGUUUAGUAAACGUGGAUUAAGUUGGCACAUAAGCAGUGUCAUCUUUAAAGACGAAAACAGCAGAGAAGUAGAGGUGCAAUCGUAUGCUCAUCUGUUCGAUUCCCGUACACAAGACUGGUAUUCAAUCGUUUCCAUUCUAGAAGAUCUGCUUGUCAAGUUCAAGUCCACUCAUCCUUCAAUUUCUCAAGUGUAUUUACAACCAGAUGAAGCGGGUUGUUACCAUAACACUCUCUCAUCACAGCUCUACCAGGCAUCGGAGAACACACUGGAAUUUUGGUCAGAUGCUUUGAUCAUUCUGAGCUGCAACACAGCAAGGUCAUUUGUGAUCGUAUUUUGUGUCCGAUGA